UUCACAGAAAGUAGACAUGCUUGUCGCUCGUCGGUGCUCGGCGCUCGCGAGGGGCUUGCCCCUGCGCAGGGCUUUCGCCAGUAAAGCUGGACCCUGCGAUGCCUACCUCGCCGUGACUCACCCAGACGGCUCCGCAUCCUCGGCGUCUCAAGUCUCCCAGACGCUCUCCAGAUUUGACGAAUCGACACUGGCGACGUACUCGCGCCCGACGGUGCUCCUCACGCGCGGCAAGGGACUGGACCUCUAUGCCAAGGUCGAUGCCUCGACGGAGCCCUCUGGCUCGUCGGAACGGCGCUACCUCGACUUCUCGAGCGGCAUCGCCGUCAACUCGCUGGGGCACGCAGACGGCGAGAUUGCCAAGAUCGCAGGCGAGCAGGCCGGUCUGCUCGUCCACAGCAGCAACCUGUACCACAACGAGUGGAGCGGCGAGCUCGCCGACCGCAUGGUCCAGCUCACCCGGCAGCACGGCGGCUUGGGUAUGCCCAAGGGCGACCCCGACAACAAGGCUCACCAGCUCAAGGUCUUUUUGGCCAAUAGUGGGACAGAAGCAAACGAAGCGGCGCUCAAGUUUGCCCGAAAAUACGCAAUGGUGACGUCCAACGCCCAGCCCGGGGAAAAGUCUGGCCUCGUCUCUUUUCAAAACGCCUUUCACGGAAGGACAAUGGGCGCUCUGUCCAUGACACCUGCGCCCAAGUACCAGGCGCCCUUUGCGCCCCUCAUUCCAAAUGUGCGGACGGGCGUCUACAACGAUGUCUCCCAGCUCGACACUCUCAUCGACGACAAGACGGCAGGCGUCAUCGUGGAGCCCAUCCAGGGCGAGGGCGGCAUCUUCCCGGCCACGCAUGAGUUCCUUUUGGCUCUUCGAAAGCGGUGUGAUGAGGUUGGUGCCCUCCUCAUGUACGAUGAGAUUCAGUGCGGCCUGUUCCGGUCUGGCACGCUGUGGUGCCACUCGGAACUGCCCGUCGAGGCGCACCCGGAUCUCGUCACGAUGGCCAAGCCGCUGGCCAACGGGUUUCCCAUCGGAGCGGUUCUCAUGAAGAAGAAGGUGGCAGAUGCCAUCGCAGUCGGUGACCACGGGACAACAUUUGGGGGCGGGCCUCUGACCUCGAGGAUCGCACAUCACGUCCUCGGUCGUCUGUCCUCUCCCGAGCUCGUAUCCAACAUCGAAUCGUCGUCUGAACACCUCCUCGAACGUCUCACUGCUCUGCGCCAUCACUUCUCCGACCUCAUUGCACACGACGAGCACAAGCCGAGCCCCAGAGGACGGGGCUUGCUCGUGGGCGUGAGCAUGAAGGAGCCGAGUCAUGCAGGGAAAAUGGUAAAGCUGGCCAGAGAGAGGGGUCUGAUUGUCUUGAGCGCAGGAAGCGACACGGUGAGGAUCGCGCCGAGCCUUAUCGUGACCAAGGAGCAGGUCGACGAGGCAAUCGACGUUCUCGAGAGCUGUUUCCUGGUCCUUAGAGGGGAGACAUAGAGCUGCAAAGCUUCCCGUUUGCUGCAAUGUCGAUGUCAUUGACUAGAGAAAGUCUAUUGAAUGAGCCGGAGCUUGUGAAAUUUAGGCAGGUUAAGUCGGAGGUAGUCGAGAUGCUUUGCGUGGAGUGCAUCAGCCUGCCGCACGCCCUCGCCGCUCCACGUUCUCCAUCUCGACUCUUCGCCGUAGACGACGGUCCGAUCAGGCAAUCUGAAUAUCCCUGGCUCCGCCUCCUGCUCCUUCUUCCCUUCCUCAUCCUGGCCCUGCCUUUGUUCUGGCUCUGGCGGUGUCCAUGUUGGAGGCGGAACGACGACGGACCCUGCACCCACUAGGCAGAAGUCCCCAAUCGCAACGAGGUCCGUCACCCGGCACUUUGGCUCAAAGGUGUUCCUCGAUCCCACCUGCCUCGCCUCGACUC